AUGCCCGGCCAGUCCCGAGAAGCGUACAGCAACAUUGAUGACGGAGCCCCGUUCAGCACUGGCAGUCAGUGGCUCGAGAAGCAGCAGAAAGCAGAGCGCAAGUCGCGGUUUAUCAUGAUCAGCCUGCUCCUGACGAUCGCCGCGUGCAUUGUUAUUGGCGUCGUCGUGGGCGUCGUCGUCUCUCGGCAGCACCGCCACUCUUCAAGUGCCUCCUCCGUUUCCAAGUCGCAAGGCAACUCCACUGCUGGCUAUGCCGUCGGUCCCUAUGGCGUAGUCAGGCAGACCAACCCGGACGACCCCAGCACGUUCAUCGCCGACCCGAACCUCCACCGCUCGUUCUAUGGCCUCGCUUACACACCAGACAAGUCGCAACUCCCGUCAUGCGGCAACUCGCUCGCUGCCGUGAUUGAAGAUAUCCAGCUUAUUUCACAACUGACCUCGCGUGUGCGCCUGUAUGGCGCCGACUGCAAUCAGUCCGCGCUCGUUCUCGAAGCGAUCAAGCAGACCAAAGUCAACAUGACCGUCUGGCUCGCAGACUACAACGUUCCGACCAACGCGACCGCAUACAGCGAGCAGCGCGACACGAUCAUCGACGCGCUCAAGACGUACGGCGUGGACCAUGUCGGUGGCGUGGCGGUCGGGAACGAGUUCAUCCUCGACUACCUCGGCGCGAAUGACGGCGGCGACGACGCGAAUGACGCGGUCGGUGACCAGGGCGCGCAGCUCCUCAUUUCAAACAUCACGGACAUGAAGACGCAGAUCCAGAGCCUCGGGUACAGUAUCCCGGUCGGCACCUCUGAUGCGGGCGCGUACUUCAACACGGAGGUGCUCGAGGCUGUGGACUUUGGCCUGUCUAACGUCCAUGCGUGGUUCGCGAACGUGUCCAUCGACCAAGCGGCUGGAUGGACGUACACCUUCUUCGAGGAGACGAACGUGUACGCGGCGGAUCAGCUUGCAAACAGGCCUACCAUGGCGAUCGGCGAGACGGGCUGGCCUUCGAGCUCGGCAGAUGUGUCCAACGAAAGUAAUGGGCCUUCGAUCGCGUCGGCGGCAAACCUGGAGGAAUUCCUCAAGACUUUCGUGUGCGAGUCGAAUCAGAACGGCACGGAGUACUUCUACUUCGAGUUCGCUGACGAGGAUUGGCAGAAGGAGUUGUAUGGUGGUGUCGAGGGAUCAUGGGGCCUGUUCUACGAUAACCGAACGCUCAAGCCCAUUGAGAUACCCGACUGUUAG